AUGUUUCGUCUAUAUGCUUGGCAUGUAGCCUGCAGUCCAGUGUUUCUGGGGUCUAGCAAAGCCCAAUUCGGUAGCCCAAGACUUGUUGGUGACGACCGUAUUUGCCAAGAAAACUCACUCGUACCGCCGCAUUCAACAAAAUACAAAGUCACGGGGCUCUCUGAGAAAAUACCUUCAGAGGUUCAUUGCAAGGCCGCUCAUGGGAAGAACUCAAAAUAUUGGACACGAGACAUUCUCUGUCAAAGUUGCUGGCAACUCGGGUGUCGUGACUACCAGUCACAUCACCGGUCUCGAGAGGGACCAGAUUGCCUCCAACUGUUUCCUGUCAGCCAUGGGGUGGAUGGUCAGAGCUGA